AUGGGUCAACGUCUGACGCAGCGCUGCUUCACCACCACUGUACUGUUCCUUUCGGUCAUAACAGUGUGCCACGGUCAGUCGGACAACACAGCCAAGUCGAGGGAAGGCGAAGAUCUAGCCAACAACAUCCCAACAUGCGAAGCCCGCACAAUUAACCACAUCACCCAUACUCUACCACAACUGUGCUUCACCAGCACAUGGGGCAGCAAUUCAGCAACUGGCUUGGCUGUGAGCCCAACACCAUUGCAGUCGCAACAGAUUGCACGGAGCUACAGUGACAAGGUCAAUGACAAAGAGCAAAUCGUAGACAAACACCCAGCCGGCAACGCACCACAAGAUGGCGAGACCACAAAAGCUCAAGCUAGCGAGGCCGCGACCGCCGAGGAAACACCUUUCAUGUCUUUCGAGGACUGGAAGGCGAUGAUGCUGCGACGCACUGGUCAGGAUCCGCAAGCCCUCCGACACCGCAAGAUUGCAGCAGGAGAGGGUGGCAAGCGAGUUCCACCGAAUUUGGGCCAAUUUGACCUCGGAGACGAGGAGGAAAUUUCUCUUGAUUUCCAAGAGUACAUCAAUGAACCAAGGCGGGAUCAGUACAGUGCCGAUUUGUCUACAGGAGGUCAUGCAUCCCAAGACCAGGAUCCAGUCCUCUCCGAAGGCGACCCAACCUGGCUGCACCGAAGCAAAGACGCAGGCAAAACAUGCAAAGAGCGUUUCUCAUAUUCCUCAUUUGACGCAGGCGCGACGGUUCUCAAGACUGGACGAAGCACGAGGAAUGCCAAAGCUAUCCUGAUCGAAAACAAGGACACAUACAUGCUCUUGGAAUGCGGGGUGGACAACAAGUUUGUCAUCGUUGAGCUCAGCGAUGACAUUCUUAUAGACACCAUCGUCAUCGCCAACUUCGAGUUCUUUUCAAGCAUGAUCAGGAGAUUCCGGGUUAGCGUGAGCGAUCGAUAUCCAGUCAAGAUAGAGCGCUGGAGGACAGUUGGGGAGUUCGAAGCCCGCAACUCGCGCGAUAUACAAGCGUUCUUGGUCGAGCACCCGCAGAUCUGGGCGAAGUAUGUGCGUAUCGAGUUUAUUUCACACUAUGGCAAUGAGUAUUACUGCCCCGUCUCACUGCUACGAAUCCACGGUUCCCGUAUGCUGGACUCCUGGAAAGACACCGAGACGGGUCGAGAAGACGACACACGAGAAGUUGGAGAGGAUGCCCCUCUUCUCGAUUCUAGCCAGAAGAUUGAAGCCAAUGGGGAUGUCAUUUCCUCAGCUCUCGCUGGUGAAGCCCAUGCUGUUCCUGCCGAAGAGAGCGAUCAUCAACCGUGGACGCCCAGGCCAGCUUCAUCUGUCUGCACUAAAGCUUCCCAUACGAAUAUUCUGGUUGAUCGGACCUGUCAGGCCGAGCACAUGACCUCCUACCAUAGCGAGAGAGAGACUGCCCUCUCCAGCCAGGAGGACUUUCAUGCCAGCGAUCAUAUUUCAACUGCUACAGAGCCUCCUAGGACGCAGAUUGUCCACGAAGAUGCAGCCCAAACGUCCACAAGUUCGUCAAUUGCUGACCCCGGCGAAGCUCGAGCCCCGGGUAAGGCUGAUAGGUCAGCGCAGGCAGAUGCCCGCUCCAAGCCAACCUCGACAAGGUCAACAGACUUCGCUAAGGACGGGCCACCUCAGACGGCAAAGUCAACAAAUGCAACGUCAGGGGCGGUCACAAGGCACCGAUCAUCGAACACGAAUAGCGCAGCCACAGCGUCACCUACAGUGCAGGAGGGCUUUUUCAACGCCAUCACUAAACGUCUACAUAACGUGGAAGCCAAUCUCACUCUAUCGUUACAGUAUCUCGAAGACCAUUCGCGGUAUGUCCAGGACUCGCUGAGUAAAAUCGAAUCCAAGCAACUGAAAAAAGUCGCCUCCUUCCUUGAUAAUCUUAACGGCACUGUUAUGGCAGAACUCCGAGGAAUGAGGGACCAGUACGAUCAGAUCUGGCAAAGCACCGUCAUUGCUCUCGAAACGCAGCGUGACCAGGCGGAUCGAGACGUGGUGGCCCUGAGUUCUCGUCUGAACCUACUCGCAGACGAGGUGGUGUUCCAGAAGAGGAUGGCGAUCGCGCAAGCUAUCCUACUGCUUUGUUGCUUGUUCCUUGUGAUUUUUUCAAGGGGCGUGCCAAUCCCUUAUCUUGCACCACUCCUCGAUACCCAUACGGAUGUGCCUGUACAUUCCGCAGCCGACCUUGAUGUGAAGAACGUUUUCGUCGACUCCGUGUCUGGCCAACGGCCUGGGGCUUCCGACGGAGAAGAUGAAACGAACAUUUACAGGACAGGCGUCGAAACACUACUUCUCAACGACUCGGGCUCUCACAUUGAGCUGCACACAAAUAAAGGGAAUACCGUGCCGGAUCCUAGCUCCUUCGGCGGUGCUCUGGGCCCUAAACCGCCACCUCUCAUGGACCUUGAUAUGGACGAUGGCAGCUUGAAGGUGGUGAACUCAACUUCUAUUGCCGCAGAUAAACACAGCCUCAAUACUUCAAGGCGCUCAACUCUCGCACAACAUGUACAAGCCCGGAAGCCCCUGCCAGCCCUGCCCGAACACCCCCAACCCGAUGAGGAUCCAGAUUACGAAGCGUGGACUUGA